AUGCACUCCAACUCGCGCGUAUCCGCAACCACCGUCCAUGAACAUCACUUCGUCGACGACUGCGCUCUCAACGCCACCGCGGAAGGGAACACGCAAAGGAGCAUGGAUCUCUUCGCCGCCGACCGCGAAAACUUCGACCUGAUCAUCAACACGGAGAAGACGGUGGUUGUGCAUCAACGGCCACCCGCCGCUGCCUACGUCGCACCCCAAAUAAACGUGAACGGUGCCCAACUGUCUGCCGUGGACAACUUCACUCAUCUGGACAGCGCCCUCUCUCGCAGCACCAAAUCGAUGAUCCGGAUUUCCAAGGCCACCCAAAUCUUCGGUCCCCUGUAG